AUGACUCAGUAUACGCAAGUCGCCGUUCUCUCCGGCCAGAAGGACGGGGUCCUGUCCAUAGGUUUCUCCGCGUGCGGCACAUUCUUGGUGGCAACUGCAACGCAGAAGGACGUCGCCAUCCCCUCGCCUCCGUCGACGCUGACAGAGAAGCACAUUUAUACCCGCUCGGUGUGGCUACACUUCGAGGACACGGGCAUCCCCAUUCUGGUACUGGGCUCGAUGCGUGGCGAUAUAGCCAUCUGGAAGCUUUCUGUCAUACAACUCGCAUUCGGUGCUCAGAAGAACAGACAGAAGUCUUGUCAAUGGACGUUCUUCGUCGUUCUGUACCAUGCGACGAGGGAUCAAAUUCGUCGGCUCUUCGUUGUUGACCUGCCUCCGCCCUUCUGCCCGAAGACUGUGAAGUUCGAUGCGUCGUCUCGAACAAUUGUGGCCUUUAGCGCGACCGGGGGAACGAUGGCCUCCGUUGCAGUGGACCCGACAAAGUCGAUCUUCGCCGCCCAUACGGGAUCCACCAUCGAAAUUAACCUUCUGAAAAAGCAGAAACACAUCAAGAGCAUCGACAUCGGAGCACCAGACAUCUACUAUCCCAUGUACAUGGCGUUUGGGGAAGGCGGGGACAUUCUGGUGUCCGGAACGGACAAGGGUCGUGCUUUACUGCACAAUGUUGUGGACGGCAGCCUCGUUCAAACUCUCUUUUACCCAAAGGGCGGAUUGGUCCAGCAAGUCGCGAUAGCAACGCUGGCUGGAGCGCGUCGCGACUCGGGCGCCUCAAAGCCUGGUACUGGCACCUUCGAGCGCAUGUGCUGGUGCAUAGUGAUUGCGCUAUUGAUUGUGUACGGCGCAAUCGUGGUAACGCAACACCCCGUUCCCUUUUUGGCAGGACUCUAA